GGGCGAAAGACGAGCUGGGAGGGCGGCCAGCGUAGCUGGGCUCGGGCUGCCUGGCUGGGGCUGAGGCGGUCGGAGGCGAGCGGAGCUGCACAGCGGCCGUAGUGGCGGCGGCGCGGUGCGGAGAAGCAGCAGCGGAGCUCAGCGGGCUCUUUUCCUGCCCCCGCUCCAGAGACGCGCGGCUGAGGCCCAGGCGUGGGGCUGUGACAGCCGAAGAUAAAGUAUGUGUGCAGAAUCCCACAGCAAAAGUUUCAAGACAAGUGAACGUUUUAUGGAAAGUACAGCAGAAGAAGGUGAAGCAAGGAAUAAAAUUGAGCCCGCCUUGAAAAACUGUACCCAUAAGUGCCAAGUAAAUCUGAAAAGGAACUAGUUCUAGACUAUACAUAGAUAGAGAAGAAUACAUCGUUCUGAUUAAAUAUAAGGAUAAAAAUUCAACGUCAGCAGUUCAGCUACAGAUUCUGGUGCUUUUUACAUCUUUGUAUUACGGUCCUUAUUGAUACUUUCGUUCCCCUGUUUAGAACUCCUCUAAUGUAUAUAAAUGAUAAAGACUGACAAGAACUGUUUUUGCUAUUUUUCACUAAAAUAAUUUUGCUAUUUUUCACUAAAAAUAAAUAGUUAAGACAUUUGCCAAAAUGAGUGCAGAAGGAUACCAGUACAGAGCUUUAUAUGAUUACAAAAAAGAACGAGAAGAAGACAUUGACUUGCACUUGGGAGAUAUUUUAACUGUGAAUAAAGGUACUUUAGUUGCCCUUGGAUUCAGUGAUGGGGAAGAAGCAAAACCUGAGGAAAUUGGGUGGUUGAAUGGUUAUAAUGAAACUACUGGAGAAAGGGGGGACUUCCCAGGAACAUAUGUAGAAUAUAUUGGAAGAAAAAAAAUUUCUCCCCCAACUCCAAAGCCUCGCCCUGUUCGGCCCCUUCCUGUUGCACCAAGUCCUGCAAAAGUAGGAGCAGAGAGUGAACAACCAGCUUUCACACUUCCAGAACUUUCAGAACAGUUUUCACCACCUGACAGUGCUCCUCCACUCCUUGUCAAGUUAGUGGAAGCCAUUGAAAGAAAAGGUCUGGAAUGUUCAACAUUGUACAGGUCACAAGGGUCAAGCGGUGUUGCAGAAUUAAGACAAAUUACUGAGUGUGAUGUUUCUACGGUGGAUUUUGAUGCUAUAGAUCUGCAGAUUUUAUCAGAUGCUUUGAAGAGGUACUUUCUGGACCUGCCAAAUCCUGUCAUUCCAGCAUCUGUUUACAAUGAAACAAUAUCUACAGCACAAGAAGUGCAGAACCCUGAGGAAAAUGCUCAAGUGCUGAAGAGGCUCAUCAGAUCGCCUAAUAUACCUCAACAGCAUUGGUCCACACUCCAAUAUCUGCUCAAACACUUCUCUAGGCUUUGUCAGACCUCUGCCAAAAACCUUUUGAAUGCAAGAUCCCUAGCCGAAAUUUUCAGCCUUCUGCUGUUCAGAUCCCAGGUAGCAAGCUCUGACAAUACUGAACACCACGUAAAAAUCUUAGAAGUGUUAAUUGCCAGUGAACUGAAUGAGAGACAACCUGCACCAGCACUGCCUCCUAAACCUCCAAAGCCUAAUACUGUAACAAACAACGGUAUGAAUAACAACAUGUCUCUGCAAGAUGCUGAAUGGUACUGGGGAGAUAUCUCAAGGGAAGAAGUCAAUGAAAAGCUUCGUGACACUGCCGAUGGUACCUUCUUGGUACGAGAUGCCUCAACCAAGAUGCAUGGGGACUAUACACUUACACUAAGGAAGGGAGGAAAUAAUAAAUUAAUAAAAAUAUUUCACCGAGAUGGGAAAUAUGGCUUCUCUGAUCCGUUAACGUUCAAUUCUGUGGUUGAGCUAAUAAACCACUACCGAAAUGAGUCUUUAGCCCAGUAUAACCCCAAAUUGGAUGUUAAAUUGCUUUACCCAGUUUCCAAAUAUCAACAGGAUCAAGUGGUUAAAGAGGAUAGCAUUGAAGCAGUUGGCAAGAAAUUACAUGAAUAUAACAUCCAGUUCCAAGAGAAGAAUAGAGAAUAUGACAGACUCUAUGAAGACUACACAAGAACAUCUCAGGAAAUUCAAAUGAAAAGAACUGCCAUUGAGGCAUUUAAUGAAACCAUAAAAAUAUUUGAAGAACAGUGCCAGACACAGGAAAGAUACAGCAAAGAAUACAUAGAAAAAUUUAAACGGGAAGGAAAUGAGAAAGAAAUACAAAGAAUUAUGCACAAUUAUGAAAAACUGAAAUCUCGAAUCAGUGAAAUUGUGGACAGCCGGCAUAGACUGGAAGAGGAUUUAAAGAAGCAAGCUGCUGAAUACCGGGAGAUUGACAAACGCAUGAACAGCAUUAAACCAGACCUUAUACAACUAAGAAAGACAAGAGAUCAGUACUUGUUGUGGCUGACUCAGAAGGGUGUUCGGCAGAAGAAACUGAAUGAGUGGCUUGGCAAUGAAAUUACAGAAGAUAGCCAAUAUUCUAUGGUGGAAGAUGAUGAAGAUUUGCCUCAUCAUGAUGAGCGAAUGUGGAAUGUGGGAAAUAUCAACAGAAGCCAAGCUGAAAAUCUGUUGCGUGGAAAACGGGACGGAACAUUCCUUGUUCGAGAAAGUAGCAAACAGGGCUGCUAUGCCUGUUCUGUCGUUGUGGAUGGCGAAGUGAAGCACUGUGUUAUCAACAAAACACCUACUGGGUAUGGAUUUGCAGAGCCAUAUAACUUGUACAACUCACUGAAAGAACUGGUGCUCCAUUAUCAACACACAUCGCUUGUACAGCACAAUGACUCUCUCAACGUCACACUAGCCUAUCCAGUAUAUGCACAGCAGAGGCGAUGAAGAUGUUAAUACUCUGGGGUUUGUCUCUUUUUAUGAAACGCCCACAAAGAUAACUCAACAAUCUUGAGGCCUCUUGGUAGAGAAUGCUCAUGAGUUGGCGCUAAAGUGUCAAAGCUGUCUGUCUUCAGAUGGGACUGAAGCUUUCUUCACAACCGCAGUGGGAGAGAUCGUAGUUGAGAGCUGUGAACACACAUUUUUAAUCUAAAGUGCUUAUUUUUUAAAAAAGAAAAAAACUAAGCGCAAAAGAAAACACAAGAGAGAGAGGGAAGUGCUACACCUGUCUCCCUGCAGGGACAUAGAGGCCUUUAACCAUGGUGCUUGUUGACCAUCUCUUUUGAAGCUUUAAGAGCUCAAACGUUGGAACUCCACAGACCCCCAAAGUGUGGCAGGGGCUGUGUAAGUGGCGGAAGAAUCUCUCCAUUGUGACUUGAGUGAUGCGGCUGCACACAGUGGAUGCAGAGGCCCAGCGUUGUGGAUGGCUGGUUUUCUGGUGAAUGAUAUGUAGCAGAAUGGCACUUUCAUUUUUAAGGGACACUUUAAACGACUUUGACAGUAUGUUUAUCAGAGAAACAGAUGUGAUAACAAAAGUGCCAGGAAGUGUUUUUGUUUAGACAUUUAAAAUCCUGUUUUAAGAAGAUAUUUAAGACUGAAGAAAACUGGACUUUUAUGGCAUACAGUAUAUAAAAUGUACAUAGUACUGGAUGACUAACUAUCAUAGAUGGAUACUGUCAAUACCAAAUUCAUUCUGUUCAUUUUUUGUUUUGCCGAAAGCUGAAUCCUUACACUGCUAUGCAAUACUUCAUUUUCUAUAGGCUGUAUUUUAGUUUCAAGUGUAACUAGAGGAUAAGCUUUUUCUGGUGUUCUUUUUUCUUUUUGUUGUCUCAGAAUGGUCACAAUUCACAUUUUUGUGUUAAUUUUCAUUUUGUUCAUCCUUUCCCCCCUUUUAAAAAGAAAUGUACAGGAUGCCAGUUAAAGUUAGCUUCGGAAUAAAACUAUGAACUAUUUUAACAGGGUCCCCCCCCCCUUUCUAUACAGCAUUGAGCUGCUAGCCAAGGUUAAAAACCAUGAUUUCCUUUUUGACUAAAUAUUUUGUUGGGCAGUGCCUGAUAAGCUUCAAUGCUGCUUUAUUCAAUAAAAAAUAUAUGAACAUUAUACAAGUAUCACUGAGUCCAACAACUGCUUGAAAAAUAUCUUCAGAUCAUGGUAUACCAGUAUUUUUGAACACAGAGUGGUUUAGAUUUUUGUCCUGGUUCUGUUUGUUUUUGGAAGAAGAUAAAUGUGCAUCUUAUUUUGAAUGCUGCAGACGAACAGAUGGAAAAAAUAUUGGCUAUACUAGAGUAGUUAAAUCAAACGUGAUCCUUCAGACUAAAUCAAGGGAAUCUUGACCAACAAUUCUAGACACUGCAUCAGUACUUUUUAUGCUACAUAGAAAAAUUGUGUUGUUGUUUUUAAAAUCAUGUGUGCAUUUGGCUACUAUAUUUCAUUUUAUCCUGAACAGAGUGCAGAAUACGGAUAAUUUUAGGAAGCCCUGUUUCUGUGACAUUUACUUUCCACAAUUGUUACUUUAAAAGGGCAAUUUUAAGCAAAUCAGGUACUUAUAGGUUAAAGGUAAUGAAAGAAAUGUAAGACCUCAGUGUUAUAGUACUUAACCAAAUUCUUCAUUUCUUGAACAACACAAUAAAAACCUUGGCUGUAUUUUUAUGUUUUAUGGAUUCGUGUUUUAGGAACUCUGGAAGGUUUUAUUUUAGUGAAAGUGCAAAAAGGAAAAUAGAUCAGUGGAGUUGCUUUGGUUUUGCCCCCUUUAGGCAAUCUUUGCUUCUUAAAAUGAAGCAUUAAGGACUACUUGUAGAUAUAUCUUUUAUUGUGUGGUGACACUAUGAAUAAACCAAUUUGUUCCUUCUGUUUACCUUUAUAUCUGAUGCUGUGAGGAGUUUGUUUAUAACCUGUUGACUUUGCUUUCCUGAGGAAUGUGGUUUAUUUCAGCAUACUUCCCAGCUCGAUUAAAAGUCUUUAAAAAGUCAGUGGGGAUUUUGUAGGCCUUGAUAAAAAAAAUCCAGGGGGAGUGGAGACUGUAGCCACAAGCUACAAAUUUCAAUCCGCUUGUAUUGGAUUAGCCUCACCUGAGUCAAUGGGACCAUGCCAGGUCUGCUCGAAGGAAGUGGGCUCAGAAUCACAUUUCAUGUCAUGUAGCAAAGAUCAACCCAAACCUACACCAAUUUUAAUCAGUUCAUUUCUUCUCUUCCAUUAAACCUUUCAAUACUAUAACAACAUAGUGUAUAAAGAAUCUUGCUCUAUUUUGAUUAUUACUCUUGGAGGGCAAAUUAUUAAUGAUCACUGUAUAGCAAAUAAUUUUAAUAUGACCAAAAUGCACUUUGAAGAAGAUAUGAGUGCACAUCGACGAGAUGCCUGCACUUAACUAAUUGCCAAACAGAUGGCUGGUGCAUCUUCUCUGAUGAGCUUUUCAGCGGGGAGAGAAGCCUGAAUCUAGGCCCCUUUGGAGUGAGGAAGGUGGGACCUGAAUUAGGUCAGCCCCACAAAAAAAACAGAUGAUCAAUUUGACACCAUUGACUGUUGGGUGCUGUGUGCACAGUUGCCAAUCCAGUAUUGGGAACCACAUGUACAGCCUCUUUAGUGCUGGAAACAAUGGUUGAGCCUUGGGAACUGCAUGCACACACUACCUUUUUUAGUAUGCAGUUCCCAGACCAGCAGUGGGUGUGUGUGCAGAAGCCUAUGUCUGUGUAUGCAUCUCCCUUUCUGCAUGAGGAUGCAGAGAAACAAAACUCCUAAGCUACAAAAGUAACUUUACAGGGCUGCUGGAAUAUGAACUGCCAUGUUUAUAUCACGCUGCACCUAUAAUGAAUACAGCUACUACAGACAAAACAAGUUAUGGAUUCCUUAACUUGAAGCUUAGGGUUGGUGGUCUUCAGUGUACCUUCUGUAUGCGAUUGUGUGUGUGAGAGAGUGUGAGUAAGCCAUAUUUUAAGUGCAGCUUUCAGAAACAUACAUUGACUCUCUUCUCCAAAUUCCCCAUAUAUCCAUAUGACUUGGGUUGGUGGGCAGUGUUCUUAAUUGUACUUCUAGUAUUUGGAUUUUUAUGUCAUUGGCUGCCCUGAAUGCCCUCUGAGCCCAUGCAGCAGGAGACAAAUUGUUAAAAGAAAUCAUUUUGAUGAUUUGGAAUCUGGAUAAAUUGGAGUGCUCUUUACAAUGAGAUAACUUCAAUUCAGAUUACUAGGAGCUUAUAAAUGAGAUUUUAAUAAAGAGGAAGUCUGUUGUGCAUGCAGAUUUCAUAUUAAACGAAGCAUAUUUUAACAUCUCUUAAUUUGUGUCAAGAAAGAAACACACACACACAAAUUUUUAAACAUAAGAUUCUCACUGUUGAAGGGUGAAUGACCUGGGUGCAUCUGUUUGAAUUCAAGUAACCUGUCUGAAGAACACAGGGAGCUUGGAAAGGUCAACUCUUGAUGUUUCUAGAAUUUGUUUUUUAAUGUGUAAAGCCAAAUCUCCUGUUUUUGUGUCAGCUGUUAUGUAGAAAAAGUGGCUUUGUCUUGUAAUUAACAAUGAGCUACAAUGCUUGAAAAUAAAUCAUUCUGAUGUUUUUCAGUGGGGAGAACAUCAGUUUAUUUUAACACAGUGCUUUUUGCUAUGCAUGGUAUUCGUUUGGGAAAGCGACUCCUAAGGUGGCUUUUGUUCAGGAUCGCUUUCAGAAUGGGCAGUUCCGAGCCCAAUGCCUCCCAUGGGACAAGGUUCAAGAUGCAAUAUGCUUUCUAAAAAGAUCAUUUUAGUAGGAGCUGAUUAAAAUGGGCCAUACAGGAAAUUACAACAAAGUUAACAUUGCCAUUUGUCCCUAUGAGACUGCAUUAGCUGCCCAAAAUGCUGCUAUUUAUAUUCUUGGAUCUUUCCCCCUAAAAAGAUUAAGCUCUGUUCUGUUAAAUGUCUUUAAAACAUUUUUUAAAAAUCCUUUGUUUUUUGAUGGUUCUUUUUAUCUUUUUAUUUUCUUUCUUUUUUUAGGGAGGCAGAGGCUUACAUGAGUCAGUUGUAAAUUGCCUUUAAAAGGCAACAUUAACAAAUGCGCCUCCUUAAAAAAUGUUGUUGGCUUUCUGGAAUUGAUGGAGCUGUGUCCUGUUUUUUCAGUUGCUUUAAAAAUUGUACUAGGUCUUCAAGCAGAAUAAACGUUGUUUUGAAACGGCA